CCACUCACUCGACGAGAAUUGGAUGGUUUUUAACGCGUUGGCCGACACUAACGGUAAUUCUCACAUUCAAAAUGACUUCAAUGACGACAUCUAUAACCACAAUAAGCCUCAGCUAUGGAUCGGACCAAAGAGAGUACCAUUCGGUGGACUCAAAGACUUUCAGUACAGAAGCGGUUGCGGUAUUAAAGACUACAACCGCUGGCAUAAGGGACAGCCUAACGAUCACGACAACAACGAGGACUGCGUUUAUAUGGUUAUCGAUGACUACAAGUUUUUGGGCCAAUGGGAUGACUACCCGUGCGAUACCGAGAUGUACUAUAUUUGCCAGUUUGUGCUCGACUUGAGGCCUCCCUGUAAUCAAACCAAUUAUAAUUUGUUUGGUUAUAAUGAGACGAUUGGCGAGCGAUACAGACCCCUGUCCACUAACACAGUGCCUCCCAAAAACACAAGUAUUAAUAAGGGAAACCCUCCGAUAAAUACAAAUCUAUUGGGAAGACAUCCAACUAAUAGCCCACAAAGUAAUUCAUUACCAAAUAAUGUGUUAUUAAAUCCCUUCCGA